UUACUUAUUAUUUGUUAUUCUUUAAACUUGCCUAACAUUUUGACAUUUGCAACUGUAUUGAUUUGAUUUUUUUAUAAUUUCAUAAUUCCAGUGAUUACUUUGGCCUUUUAAAUAAUAUAGAGUAAAGCGCCACAUAGGAGUAAAUUGUGCAAAUUAUUGCUAUAAAUAUGCUAAAGCGACAGCGUUGCGAAGAUUUUGACACAUUUGUACCGCAAACCAAAAAGCUUAUUAGCGAAAAAUUUGUGGAUCAACGAGAUGAAAGCAAAAUGAACAAGAUUCACCAAAAAACAAUUAACUUACUGUUCAAAGCAGCGCGCGAUAACAAAUCCUUGAAUCGCGGGCAAUCGAAAACCGAAGAGGAUGUUCCACUAUGGCAACAGGUUGUACUGUGUGGAAAUGGAGAAGUAUUAUCGAAAAAUGUUACCGACCUUAUUGUCGAUAUAUCUUUGGAAAGCCGAAGAUCAAAGUGCUGCCAUCGAGAUGCUUUUGUACGUAGUGAUUGUUGUAAUUGUUCACAAGUGCUCUGCGAAUACUGUGGAUAUUCCUGUGCAGAAUGUGGCGUGUUCUUAUGCGUCAGUUGUGUGGCUUUAUUUGGUUGCGGCAAUGUUGACCGACCAAUUUGUGAAAAGUGUGGAUUAUUUCAACGAUUAUGAUAUAAUUAAUUCUCUAAUAGUAAAAAACUUUUUUAUAAAGAUAUUUGAAAAUUGUUGAAAUUCUAGUUCUCACUGUUAUACUAAAAUUGAAAGUUAGCCGUCCUAACCGAAAUAUAUAUUUAUCGAAAAUUUCUUUAUUCACUGAAAA